UUCCUUAAAAACUUCCCAUCACUAAGCCUAUCUUCAUCCUAUCAUUAAGCAUUUGUAUCUUUUAUGAAUUCUAACUCUUAAGCAACACCAGUAAUUAAGUUUGCCAAUCCAUAAGUUAUGGAGUUAUCAUGUACUUUGGAUUUGAGCAUUUGAAGAACUUUAGGUAGUGUUUAAUUCACACCAUGGAGAAGUAGCAGGGAGAAGGGAGGAAGCUUCUUGACAAUGCAAAAUAUUAUUCAAAUGAAGGGAAGAGCAGAUGUAGCUUAGCUUCUGGACUAUCUGAUUAUGGAGAGUUUUAUAAUUUGGAAGCUUUGGCAUAUUUGUUGUGAACUUGGCCUCUAUUCAGAUAUUCAAUUUCUGUCCAUAAUUUGAAAUAUUUGCCUUCUCCUAGGGCCAUCCAAUGCCAGGAGGUACUGACUGAUUCAAAAUUCAUCACAUUCCAAUAUCCAAAUAGACGGAGUGCAUCCAAUUCUAAGAAGAUUGAACUUCUCAAGUAUGUUUUCUUAAACCUCAGCUUCUUUAAAAACUUCCCUUCCAUCACUAAGUUAUCCUCACCAUGGCCAUAUCAGUAAGCAUUUCUAUCUUUUUAUCAAUUCAGACUUCAAACCAACACCUGAAACCAAAUUUGUCAAUCUAUACAGUAAUCCCUGAAUGUUCCAAUUUUUUUGCAGUGUGAUACAUGAGGAAUACUUUUAGCUUAUGUGAGAAUGAUCCAAUUAUCCAAAGAUCGAUCUAUUGAUUUCACAUAUUUAGAGAUGAUUCCAGAGCUUAGCCUUAAACUCAUUGUCACCCUGUAAAUUGAAGCAGAAGAAGGAAUUAUAUUGUACAUGACUUUAAGUUUUGCAGAACUUAGCCUUAAACUCAGUGUGACUCUGUAAAUUGAAGCAGAAGAUGGAAUAACAUCAUAUAUGACUUCAAGUGCACACGCAUGGAACCAGAAGUAGUAACAGAUUCACACCAUAGAGCAGUAGCAUGAGGAAGAAAAGGAAACCUCUUGACAAAGCAAAAGGUAUUCAAGUAUGCAUUCUAGAUCAUUUUAAAGUUUUAAAAGUGUUAGUUGAGCAUUAUGUCUUUACAUUUGAACAUUUAUAGUCUUUCACAAUUGAGUAGGAUCAUACACUUUAUUUUCUUGAAAAUUAAUUUUGAUAAUGAACCAUACUUGUAGGUGUUAGUAUUCCAUUCCUUAAACAACAUCGUCUUUCAGAAGUAAAUUAAGGAGAAUAGCAGAUGCAGAGUAGCUUAUAAAAUUUGAUGAAGGUUUAUUUGUGUACAAUUAAUUCUGAGCCUACAAUUUGUCCAGACAGCUACAUUUGUGCAGAUUUCAGCUGUCAGUGCAUUGUUUCUUGCUUGAGUAUCACAGCUUCAUUUCCAAUUAUCGAAAACCACAUUCUUUCUAAAAGAGAGUUUAAGGAUGAGCAGACUUGUGCUGGACACUUGCAUGAUAUUUGUUUUGGAUGGUACCAUCUUCACUAGUAGGAGUCUUAACUCAUCUAAUACAACAAGGGAUGAUUAUGUUUCUCUCUGCACUUUGAUUACGCUAUAUAGACUUACAACAUGACAAUGGAAGCUACAUUUCAAUCUCUUUAAAGAUUCCUCAGGUUUAUGAGAAUGCCAGUCACAUUCACUAAUGCUGUCUGCCUCACUCUCACACAUUUUGGUUGUGAUCUUGAUGACAUAGAAUUAUAUGGGCGUUGUGGGCUGCAAUAGGAGGACCAUUAGAAUUUUAUUCUGUAUGUAACCUAGCCACUUACCAUUGUGGGUUGAGUUUUGAUAUAAGAUUUGUUGAACUGGGGAGCUUCAAUAGAAGGUUGAGUGUAAAGAAGAAUUCUCAGAUGCUUGCUUGUUCUUGAUCUUCACAUAGUGAAAUAUUUUCCAAAACUCUUUCAGUGCAUAUGAAAUUGUUUGUUUUUUCUUUGAUUAUCUCUCUUCUCGUAUCUAAUUGCCAUGUCCUGCCACGUCUUAAACACAAUCUGUGAUGCUGGACUCGAUCUUAGAUCAACAACCCGAGUUUUGUCCUCAACAAAAAGACCAGUACGUGUUGGAUGUUUUAGUUAAUGUCCAAUAAGAGAUGCUGCUUGUAAUGCUUUUUGAUGCACAAAGGCUUUCAGGAAUCAUAUUAACUUCUUGCCAAGAAAUAAGCAAAAACAUAAGAACUCAGAAAUGUAAUUAGAAAAAGCAUAGGGCUCGAUCCACUGGCUGUUAUAAGGUUACAUCUUUAAUUUGAAACUCAACCAUUGAAGAAUUCUGGUAACUCAUAC